AUGGCUGGUGGUAACGACAGCAGGAAGGCCAAGGCAAAGAUGGUGUCGCACUCACAGAGAGCUGGGCUGCAGUUCCAUGUGGGCCAGAUCCACAGACGCUUGAAGACUCUCACCACCAGCUACAGGCGAGUGGGUGCCACUGCUGCUGUCUACAGUGCCGCCAUCCUUCAGUACCUCACUGCCGAGGUGCUGCAGCUGGUGGGCAAUGCUUUGAAAGAUCUCAUCAAGCGGAUCACUCCUCAUCACUUGCAGCUGGCAGACUGCACUGAUGAAGAGUUUUACUCCCUGAUCAAAGCCACCAUCUCUUUUUCACUGAACAGAAAUUUACCAAUACAAGCAAGAGAUUAA